AUGGCUCGCGCCCGAGUACAUCGUGUUACCUCACCGGUGAGUCUCACCCAGUCAGAACUAGACAGAGUUGUGGCCUGUCAUCAAGUGCUUGCUGAAUUGGUCAUAAAUAUUGCCGAUCUGUCGCAUGUUGGGCUGCAAUUUGCUAAUCUGCGACUUCGUUCCCUGGUCGAUCGGAAAAGUAUCGGAUCAUCUAGUUCCAAAGCACUGGCAGUUCGAGAUCCGUUCGAGGAACUGGUUUUCAAACCAGAUAAAUCACGUUUCCUGGGAUUGAUAACGCUGUUGCGUUCGCCA